AUGCCAGGACCUGGAGCCACGGACUCGAAGGGGGAGGACUUCUCCACUGCCAUCCUCAAGCAGAAACACAGACCCAACAGGCUGGUGGUGGACGAGGCCAUCAAUGAAGACAGCAGCAUUGUCUGCCUCUCACCGCACAAGACGGAGGAGCUACAGUUCUUCAGAGGGGACUCAGUGGUUCUGAGAGGCAGGAAGCGACGGCAGACGGUGUGCAUCGUGCUCACCGAUGACACUUGUGGAGUCGACCGCAUCCGCAUCAACCGUGUCACCAGGAGCAACCUGCGGGUCCGCCUGGGUGAUGUCGUCAGUAUAAAUGCUUGUCCGGACAUCAAGUAUGGAAAAAAGGUUCAUGUACUUCCCAUAGACGACACAGUGGAGGGCCUGACUGGAAGCCUGUUUGAUGUCUUCCUUAAACCCUACUUUCUGGAGGCUUACCGGCCUUUGCACAAAGGUGAUAUCUUCCUGGUGCGAGGGAGCAUGCGUGCCGUGGAGUUUAAAGUGGUGGAGACAGACCCCAGCCCACACUGCAUUGUUGCUCCAGAUACAGUGCUGUACUGCGAUGGAGAACCAAUUAAAAGAGAGGAUGAGGAGGAAACUCUCAACGAUGUGGGCUAUGAUGACAUUGGUGGCUGCAGGAAGCAGCUCGCACAGAUCAAAGAGAUGGUGGAACUUCCAUUAAGGCACCCUGGACUAUUCAAAGCCAUUGGCGUCAAGCCUCCCAGGGGCAUUCUGCUCUAUGGACCAGCGGGCACAGGGAAAACCCUUGUGGCCCGCGCCGUCGCCAAUGAAACUGGAGCUUUCUUUUUCCUGAUAAACGGACCUGAGAUUAUGAGUAAACUGGCGGGAGAGUCAGAAAGCAACCUCAGAAAAGCAUUUGAAGAGGCAGAAAACAAUGCACCUGCCAUUAUUUUUAUCGACGAGUUGGACGCAAUUGCACCAAAAAGAGAAAAGACCCAUGGGGAAGUGGAAAGGAGAAUUGUGUCACAGCUCCUCACCCUGAUGGAUGGCCUGAAGCAGCGGGUUCAUGUGGUAGUCAUGGCGGCCACCAACCGUCCCAACAGCAUCGACGCGGCCUUACGUAGAUUCGGUCGGUUUGAUCGGGAAAUUGACAUCGGUAUCCCAGACUCCACUGGACGACUGGAGAUCCUACAAAUCCACACCAAAAACAUGAAACUGGCUGAUGAUGUUGAUCUGGAAAAGGUGGCAUCAGAGACCCAUGGCCACGUCGGUGCUGAUUUGGCAGCUCUGUGCUCGGAGGCUGCUCUACAAACCAUUCGCAAGAAGAUGACUCUCAUUGACCUGGAGGAUGAAACAAUUGAUGCAGAUUUGCUCAACUCUCUAGCCGUCACUAUGGACGAUUUUCAGUGGGCCCUGAGUCAGAGCAACCCAUCCGCCCUGAGAGAGACCGUAGCCGAGGUGCCACAGGUGAGCUGGGACGACAUCGGAGGACUGGAUAGGGUCAAGACGGAACUGCAGGAGCUUGUUCAGUAUCCAGUGGAAUACCCAGACAAGUUUCUGAAGUUUGGGAUGACCCCUUCACGGGGAGUGCUGUUCUAUGGACCUCCAGGAUGUGGGAAAACCCUGUUGGCAAAGGCCAUUGCCAAUGAGUGUCAAGCCAAUUUUGUUUCCAUCAAAGGUCCUGAGAUGCUCACCAUGUGGUUUGGUGAAUCCGAAGCCAACGUCAGAGAUGUCUUUGAUAAGGCACGACAAGCGGCCCCUUGCAUCCUAUUUUUUGAUGAGUUGGAUUCUAUUGCCAAAUCUAGAGGAGGAGGUGCAGGUGAUGCAGGAGGUGCAGCAGAUAGAGUUAUCAACCAGAUUCUCACAGAGAUGGACGGCAUGUCUGACAAAAAAAAUGUCUUCAUCAUUGGUGCCACCAAUAGACCCGACAUUAUAGACUCUGCUAUUCUGAGACCAGGACGUCUGGACCAGCUCAUCUAUAUCCCACUCCCAGACAAACCUUCACGCAUUGCCAUCCUCCGUGCAAACCUUAGAAAAUCUCCCAUAGCUCGAGAUGUGGACAUAGAUUACAUGGCGGGCAUCACAGAGGGCUUUUCAGGAGCAGACCUGACAGAAAUAUGCCAGCGGGCCUGUAAACUUGCCAUACGUGAAGCAAUUGAGGCAGAGAUCAAAGCUGAACAGCAGAGGCAAAACAGACCAGACCUCGCCAUGAAUGAAGACUAUGACCCAGUACCAGAGAUCAGGAGGGAUCACUUUGAAGAGGCUAUGAGAUUUGCUCGCCGGUCUGUCAGUGAUAAUGACAUUCGAAAAUAUGAGAUGUUUUCUCAAACCCUUCAACAAAGCAGAGGAUUUGGAAACUUUCGGUUUCCAUCAAGUACAGGUACACAAAGCCAGGGAUCAGGAUCUGGUCCAGCCAGGCCUGGGCUUUACAGAGAAGAAGGCAACGAUGAUCUCUAUCAAUAG